CCCUCGAUUUCGCAAUUAGUAUGGCUCUUCACUCCUUCAACCACGUUAGACCGACAUGUUGAGAGAAUGGAUGUUGUACAAAAGACCAAACGCCUACGAGUCCAAAGUUCUCGUUCUCGGAGCGGGUGCAAGACGUGCAGAUUAAGGCAUGUAAAAUGCGACGAAUCAAUCCCGUCAUGCCGAAAAUGCGUACGGGCUAAUAGGACAUGCCGGUAUCAGGACGGCAUCACCGAUGCACCGACUACCAAGUACGUCGUGUAUACUCUUCCUGAGAACCUUGGCCUCUGUGCAGCAAUCCCACCACGUGAACGUCGAGCUUUGUGGCAUUUCCAACAUCGCACCGCUCAACAAAUCGAGGGUUCCUUCGGAUACGGGUUUUGGUCGACGAUCGUGCCACGACUGGUCCAGGAUGAUGCGAUAAUUCGGCAGGCUGUGUUAGCGCUAAGCGCUUUUCAUGAACAUUACCUUGAUCAUGAUGUUGCGUGUCCGUGCCUAUCCGACAAUGCACUCCGAUGGUAUCAGAAAGCCCGUCAACAGGUUAUCGAUCUCGAUUCUCCUGACAAUUUCUUUGAUUCAAUCUUGUGCGCGUGUAUCAUAUUCUGCACAUGCGACGCUCUGCUUGGUAAUUUCGAACUAGCAAACCAACAUGCCGUCUCAGGUAUGAAGAUGAUUGCAGGUUGGAGGGCCAGUACUGCCACAUCAAGCUAUGCUUCAGUUUUCCAAUCGGCAGAGAAGAACUUGGGCAAUCUGUUCCGGACACUUCAGGCUCAAAUUAUUGAGGCAAAUUUGGACGCUAUCGAGGUAGAGUGCCCUGAGGUGGUGGAGCAAAUGGAAGACAUUCCGGAUCACUUUGACGGUGCCGCGGAGGCUUUCCCUCACCUUCAAACCCUCUCAACCCAGGUUUUCAGCCUGUUUCAGGAUGCUGAGGCCUAUUACAAACACAACACCUGGGUGCCUUCGAGAGUAUCGCCACCUUUACAGCCCUCAUAUAAUGCGAUUUGUGCAAAGUACGAUGCAUGGAAAAUGGCCAUGUCUAAUUGUAUAGACCCUGCAAAGGGAACAGAUCGCGGAAGCCAGGCGGCGUAUCUCCUUCUCGACAUUCUUGCAUCCUCACUCGAAAUAAAUCUCCACGUUUUCGUACACGGGGAACCUGCCUAUGACGAUUUCAGGGAAACAAAUCACGCCAUCCUGAAUCUCGUAGAAGAAUUUUUGACGAUUCAGUCGUCGAUCGAUACUGGCUUAAAACCACCUACAACGCACGAUCAACACAAACAAUCGAGCUUUGGUGCCAAUCAUUCAUCGUUUACAUCGUCACCCGAAGUUGUGCCCCUCUUGUUCGAAAUUGCCACGCGAACAAACGACGGAGGACUCCGGCAACGAGCCUUGCAAGUACUUCGUUCAUCAAGCAGGAGAGAAAGCACCUGGGACUGUCGCGUGGCCGCAAGCCUCGCCGAGAAGAUUGUCCGACUCAAGCAGCAGGGUGCCGAGCAAGCUGGGAAAUAUGGUACUGAUUGCAAAUUUCUCAUUACGGACAUCAUGCUUCUGUCCGAGCAGAAAUGCAUGGUUCAGUAUGGAUUCAAGAGAGUCCGGAGUGGCUCAUUCAACUCGUUCUGGCUUGAGAAUAUCUGCCCCGGGCAAGGCUCGCUAUCAUCGCAAAUCUUGAGCAUCACAUGAGUCUCGCCGCAAGCAACAAAAUCCAACACAGCCUUCCGACCAGCAGAUAUGUUUCAACAGACUUCCUAUUCGGGCCCAGAGUCAACUUUCCACAGGAUUGUCUUUGAAACAUUAAAACACAUGUUCAAGAUUUCUCUGCUUUAGGCGGGACGCUGAGCUCUCUUAAAACGACAACUUGAAUGAUUUGUGCAUGAGAUGCGCCGAUAUCAAACUGCUCUACCAUCUCUCGCUAUAGGUGAUGUGGUCAAGAGCGCAACACCGAUUGCACAUCAUGCUCUCCAAAAAACCUUCCGAUAGCCUCAGGUAAUUGAAACGUCUUUACGCAAGCCUGCGAUACCUCCAAGGACUGCGACAUCUCGGGCCUCAUGAUGAGCAAACCACCGCCCUCAAAUGCACCAUAAUGCAGGUUUCCAACGCUAUCCUAUCCGAGGACGGUACCACGGAUGUUGGUUCUUCUGGAGUGAGAAACAAGACUGUUUGCUGAACACAUCCAUGAUCGCAUGCCUCUGGCUUUCAACAGAAGCUAGGAUGUUCUCGGAUGUGGGCUUGUGAGGUCCAGAGAGCGGGAUUUGUGGCCAGCAGGAUCUUCCCCACCCGCGCGGACUGUCCAGCUAACGAUGGGUGGUUUGAUUUCCACACACACCAGGUUAGCGUUCACGAACGUGCCGCCCCAUGUCCAGUUUUGGCAAGAAGUAUGCAGGAUGUCAUUUAGCGACACCGUUGGAGCGCUUAGUCUAUCAUCGUUAGCGUUCACGAUAUGCGGACGUCUACUUGCACCAAGAUACGUCCAAGGCCACUACAUGCGCUUCGCUUAUCCGUACUCGAUAGCAUACAAUAGUUUUGAUGGCGAUUGUUGAGCGAUGUGAUACGCCAUUGAAAUACAGGAGCUAUGGAGCGAUCAAUGAUUACACAAUUAACCCCCUAGAGACAAGCUGAUGAGGGGCCGCCUUUCGCUUUGACGUCAGCAAACGACUAGGUCUUUGACUAAGUCCCAUC